AUUCAGCUAUAUAUCUUCUUUAUUUGCUCGUUUCCAACACUUGUUCUUCAAAACCACCUUCUUCUUCAUGGGUCGCAAAAAUAGCACUGAGAAUUCCCCAAAUUGAAUUAAUUUGAAUGGAGCAAAUAAAUCCCCAGUGAGUUCUUCUCUAACACUCUCACUAAUAAGCUAAGCCCCCUUUUCUCUAACAAUUCAGAGCCAUGCCCGUGCAAUCCACUGUGAAGCGGUCUGGGUCGUCUGAUCAAAGUACGUCUUUUGAGGCUGAGGAUGAUUCAUUAUGCAAAACAAGUCGUCGAAGAAGAAACAAUCAAAAGGUCAUCAGAAUCAUAAUUACCGACCACGAUGCUACAGAUUCCGACACUUGCAGCGAUGAAGAUGAUGCAGAGAAACGUCGAAGGUUACGAAGGGUUAAGAAGCAUAUAACAGAGAUCAGUAUGAAUGUUCCCUCAUCUCGGUCGACUUCCUCUUCUCUUGCUCGUUUCACGAAACACGACCGUACUAUCUUGAAGAGACCUAAGAAAUCUCCGUCUCGCUGCCAUAACAAGUACAGGGGUGUUCGUCGGAGGCCGUGGGGGCGGUGGGCCGCUGAGAUCCGAGACCCGACGCGUCGGAAAAGACUGUGGCUGGGAACCUUUGACACGGCGGAGGAAGCCGCCAGCGAGUACGACAAGGCUGCAAUCAUGCUCAAGGGUGCGAACGCCGUCACGAACUUCCCUAACUACGUCGUGACGGAGAAAGAAACACGGCGGGUAACAGUGGACACAACACCAAACACCGAGGGAUUCGCCUCCUCCAUGGCGUCUCCGACGUCGGUACUGGCCUACGACAGCGAUUAUUCAACGGCGGCGUUCGAGGGUUUCUGCUUCGGCGACGUCGUCGAUCCAUUGGGCUUCGAAUUCGAUAUCGAGGUGCCGUUGACGGACAUGAACGUGGUUGGGUUCGGUGGUCAGAAGAAGUCGGAGGGUGAAGAAUUCGAAGACUUUGACGCGGACGAGUUCUUGACGUGGCCUGACUCAAUUGGAAAAAGGCCUUAAUUUUCAGUACAUUGUGAGGAGACAUGACAAAAAUCUAUCUUGUUUCUGGAA